CUCUUAAAUGAUUUCACUUUUUUACAACAAAACUUUAAAUUGUACAAAAUUAUUAAUAAAUUAUAAAAUAAUUUAAACAAAUAUAAAUAAAUAAUUGUGCUAAGUUUAAAAUUAGAGAAAAGGAGAGAAGCAAUAAAAGCAACAAGAUGAAUAGUUUAGGUUGGGCCCUCAUUAUCAAACGUGGAUGCUUUUGCUCCAAAGAGACACUAACAAUCAGUGGGACCAAAUACACUGUAAAAGAUAGACUUGCACAGGGUGGUUUUAGUUUAAUUGACCUUGCGGAAAACAGCAUCACCCGGAAAUUGUAUGCUGUUAAACGUAUCACCUGCCACAGCAUAGAUGAUCAAAAUAUUGCAUUGCGCGAAAUAGAAAACUGUCGACGUAUUGACUCUGAAAAUGUCAUUAAAGUGAUUGACUAUGAACUCAAGGGUUCUGCUGAUAUUGUGAUAAAUACAACGAGUACUCUAUACAUUGUUUUACCCUAUUACAAACAUGGCUCACUGGCGGAUCAUUUGCAAAUGCGUGCAAGAAAGCAGGACUUUAUGCCCGAGGCUCAGAUUAUGCAAAUAUUUUUAGGCAUAUGCGAAGGCAUAAGAGCAAUACAUGAGGCGAAACCAGUGCCUUUGGCUCAUAGAGACUUAAAGACAGCCAAUAUAUGUCUAUCCGAUUCCUUUGAACCCAUUAUAGUAGACUUGGGUUCAAUGACAGAGGCACGCCUGCAAAUUUGCGGUCAGUCGGAGGCUCAGCGUUUGCAAGACGAGGCAGAAGAGCGCAGCUCAAUAGUUUAUAGAGCACCAGAAUUGUUUUCAGUUAAAUCGUACUGUACCAUCGAUGAGAGAACUGAUAUAUGGAGUUUGGGCUGUGUUCUGUACGCUAUGUGCUUCUUUCACUGUCCCUUCGACCCCAUUUAUGAAAAGGGCGAUAGUGUGGCCUUAGCAGUUUUGAGCGGAAACAUUAAUAUACCUGAAAGUUCCAUAUAUUCCCAAGAUAUGAAUGAUUUAAUCAACUAUAUGCUGCGCAUGGAUCCCAUGGAAAGACCGUUCAUCUAUAGUGUAAUAGAAAAAUGUCAUGAUUUGAUACAGAAACUCGAAGGACGUGUCUAGCAUCAUUCCGGAAACUCUUACUUAUUUCUUGUUCUUUUUUAAAAUUUUUAACUAUUUUUUUAAAGAUUUCCUUAAAUAUUAUUUAUUACGUAUAAGCAUAAUUAGUUUAAUUAUAUCAAAAAAGUAUUUAAACGAAAAUUUCCCCUUUUCUUACAAAAAGAAAUGCAUUUGUAUGUGUAAAAAGGUCAAGAUAAACAAAAAAGAAAUUAAAUAAUUGUAAGAACAAAAACGAAUAAAGAUAACCAAUAAAUACCUGACA